AUUGUGAGUCGCGGACGCUUUUAGGAGUUGCACACAAAAUGGCGGCGCACACGAGAAUGAGAUUUUUGAUAAACAAGUUCAAAGACUCUGUUUGUUUUAUCCAGCGACGGAAUCGCGUUAAAACGAAAUGGGCCAGCACCAGAGCCAAAGUCCCAGCGACUAACCUGGCUCUGCAGCACUUCGAUGCCACGUAUAAGAAAUACUUCGGGGAGCUGUGGCCGUCCGUCCGUAUCGGGAUGUUGUCCGAGCAGAAGUAUGGAGCCUUGAUGAACAACUUCGCCUCUAAUGCAGACGUGAUCUCGACUUUACAAUCUCAAGGCUGCAGAGACUUCAUCAGAGCUGGAGAAACAGAAACACACGAGCUCUCAGAUGAAUCUGAACAAAAUGAUCAUUCUUCUACAGAACCGGCCCGUAUUAGCUCAAAUAUCCAGUGUUUUGUCUUUCCGAGAGGAGACAUAACUCGAUUCAAACCUGCCAGACCAGACAGCGCAGGAUUACUGAGUUAUUAUCUCCUGGACGCAGCUUCUGUCCUGCCCGUGUUGGCGCUGGACAUCCGGCCGGGUCACAGUGUUCUGGACCUGUGCGCCGGUCCGGGAGGGAAGACGCUUGCUAUUCUGCAGACGCAAGCUGUCCGGUUUCUGUGGGCCAACGACUUGUCUGGGUCUCGCACGGCCCGGCUCCAGAGGACGCUCCAGAGCUUCGUGCCUAAGGAGCUGAGAGGUGAAGACAAGAUCCGCGUCACGUCUCUUGAUGGUCGCAAAUGGAGGAAUAUGGAAGACCUCGAAUUUGACCGAGUGCUAGUGGACGUCCCCUGUACCACAGACAGACAUUCCCUAAUUGAGGAUGAGAACAACAUCUUUAAAAGGUCCAGGACUAAAGAGAGACAGACGCUUCCCCUACUGCAGAUCGAACUCCUGCUGGCGGGGCUCCAGGCGACUCGUCCGGGCGGAGAGCUGCUCUACUCCACCUGCUCUCUGUCUCCGCUGCAGAACGAGUGUGUGGUGGAGCAGGCGCUCGGUCUCGCUCAGCAGGAGAUGGACAUCACGGUGCGAGUGCAGGACCUCGGCAGCUUCGCUCGCCUCUUCUCGGACACUUUCCGCUUCGCCCCUCAGCCGGCGCUCGGGGAACUCGUCCUCCCGCACCUGUGCGCGAACUUCGGGCCGAUUUAUUUGUGCAAACUGCUGCGUGUCAGCUGAAGAGGCCCAGAGUCAGGUUUAUACAUGGUCAGCUGUGUGUAAACGACUCGUUGCAACACUGCCCUCUGGUGGAGAUAUUAAAGAUGUGUUUUCUAGUAACUAAAGACUGGUCAAAGGAAUUUUUACUAGAGGAGGAAAUGUCAUUCAUUUCAGUCGUUGCCUUUUUAAAUCUAUGCAUCGAUCCGAAUAGUCGGAUUGUUACACCGUACCGUGGCGUACAUAAGUAUUCACCCCCUUCAACAUUAUUUUUGUGUCACCAAACCUGGAACUGAAACGGACUUAAAUUCCUCGUGAAGCGCCUUGAAACGUGCAGUGUUAGUCGACAUGACGUAAUUUCCACUGAAUCAGGAAGUCAGGGCGGGACAUUUCGAGUGGCUCCUCCCCCUUUUUAAAUAUCCAAUAGCGUACAGCUUACCUGAAAGCCCGGGCUAAACAGUACUUGACGGUCCGUACCACGGAUAUUUAUAACGUCGGGGGCGGGGCACUUCGGAUUCUAGAGAGCGUUUGAUCGGACAGAAAGUCUGAUGAGAAGCUGAUGUGCGGAAUGAUGUCAUCAAAGCUGUUGAUCCGUAUCGUGUAAAAUUUCGAACGCGUGCGUUUUGUGAAAGCGGUUUUUCUCAUUGUUUUGGAGCGCACUAUAGAUAACCUUAAGGCUGACAUAUUCAUACGGAAAGGCACACUAAACUGCAGUUUUGAGUUCAAGGGGACUUUAACUGGGAUUUUUACGUCACGAAUCUACUCAAAAUUGCCCCUACAUGUGAAAUGGGAGCAAAAAGAAUCACACUGUUAAAAUGAUGGAUUUCAUUUCGUUCUAUGAGAUGUUUAAAGGUUUGAGAUUUUGUUAUAACCAAACCCCGACUCCUACUUUUCCAGAAAUUUAUUCUGGACUUGUUUUGAUCGCUGUUUAUUCCCCAUGAUGCUGUGUGUUUUAAAGCGUGAUCUCAGACUCCAGGAACAGAUGUAGUAGAUUAUAUUGAGAUUUAAUUGUGGACUCCAUUCCACUAAUUAUUGUGACUUCUGAAAGCGAUUGCUUGUAAAUCAUUGGGCAGAAUUACCUUCAUUGUGGCCACACUACUUCUCUAAAUGUGUAAAAUAAUAUACGUUGUGGUCAAGCAAAUCUAGACUAAGCAAAAAUAUUCCUUCAUUUAAUGAUCCUUUUACUCUGUGAGGUUUUACAUCGUCAGGGUAUCUCAAAUAAAAUAAUGACUAUUUUUAAUGAACAAAGUGAAAAAAAUCAUGCACCUUGAGUCCGUGCGUCCAAAAGUUCAGUCUGAAAUAGUAAUAAAGUUUUGAUUUAUUUAUUUUUCCUAUCAAUUUUAUUUAUUUUUUUUUUUUUAAAGUAAAGUGUUAAUUAUUGGUACUUCUCUCUCCGGCCCGUAGAUGGCGAUAUUUGGCAGUUUAUUUAUUAAAAUCACUUGCUGUGCUCUUUUAAAAGUGCCGUAUGACUCUCAUAACCAUCAUAACACUAAACUGUUUUACUUCUCCUCUUAUUGGCUGUGUAAACUUUUUACUGUUCCCCCAAAUGCAGAUAAAAAGUUUAAUUACA